AUGCGGUACUACCGACCGAGAUUUCCUGAACCAGAUGACCUGGUGAUGGUACAGGUCAAACAAAUUCAAGAAAUGGGUGCUUACGUCAAAUUGCUCGAGUACGACAACAUCGAAGGAAUGAUCCUUUUGUCCGAACUAUCCCGUCGACGUAUCCGGUCCAUUCAAAAGUUAAUUCGAGUUGGCAGGAACGAAGUGGUAGUCGUGAUGAGGGUUGACAAGGAAAAAGGAUAUAUUGAUCUAUCAAAACGACGUGUAUCUGCUGAGGAUGUUGUCAAGUGCGAAGAACGAUAUAACAAAUCAAAAACCGUAUCCUCGAUCAUCCGUCAUGUUUCCGAGAAGACUGAAUUGGAUAUGGAGACGAUUAACGAAAUGGUGGCUUGGCCAUUGUUUGAGAAGUACGGGCACGCAUUUGAUGCUUUCAAGCUGAGUAUUACAGAGCCGGAUACGGUAUUUGGGGCGCUAAAUAUACCGGAGAACGUGAUGACUCAUCUGACUAGCAAUAUUGCCCGGCGAUUGACCCCCCAACCUGUCAAGGUUCGAGCGGAUAUCGAGGCUACUUGCUUCGCAUACUCGGGAAUUGAUGCGAUCCGAACCGCCCUAAAACUGGGAGAGUCGAUUGGAACGGAAUCCGUGCCGAUAAAAAUCAGAUUGGUCGCUCCCCCGUUGUACGUCAUGGUUAGCAAUGCUACCGACAAGCAAGGUGCCAUCGAACUACUCGAGACUGCCAUUGAUAGGAUCGGCGAAAGUCUCAAGAAGGACGGCGGCCAGCUCAUUGUCAAGAUGAAGCCCAAAGCUGUCUCUGAGACAGACGACCUAGAAUUGGCUGCACUGAUGGAGCGCGUUGCAAGAGAGAAUAAGGAGGUAUCGGGAGAUGAAGAUAGCGAUGCUGAUUAA